GUGUAGGCUGGGAGAAGGCGGCCGGCGCCAUUUUGGGAGCGCGGGGGGCAGGAUGUUGUCGAACGCGCAGCUACUGGAUGAGUUGAUGGGCCGUGACCGUAACCUGGCCCCGGACGAGAAACGCCAGAAUGUGCGGUGGGACGAUGAGAGUGUAUGUAAAUAUUUCCUGUGUGGAUUCUGUCCGGCUGAGUUAUUUACUAACACACGCUCUGAUCUGGGUCCCUGUGAGAAGAUUCAUGAUGACAACCUGCGGAAAUACUAUGAGAAGAGCUCUCGUUUUAUGAAAGUGGGCUAUGAGAAAGACUUCUUGCGUUAUCUGCAAAACCUGAUGGCUGAUGUUGAGCGGCGGAUCCGUCGAGGUCAUGCUCGGUUGGCGCUAUCCCAGAACACGACACCUGGAACAGCGACCGGAGGGCCUGUGAGUAAGAAUGAAGAGAAAGGUCAGGUUUUAACAGAGAAAAUCGAAGAACUCCUGGAACAGAUUGAGGAGUUGGGCUCUGAGGGGAAAGUGGAAGAGGCCCAGGGUAUGAUGAAACUUGUCGAACAGCUGAAAGAUGAGCGAGAGCAACUGCGAUCCGCCAGCUCGACCAUCGAGAGCUUUGCGGCCCAGGAGAAGCAGAUGGAGGUGUGUGAAGUGUGUGGUGCAUUCCUCAUUGUAGGAGAUGCACAGUCCAGGGUGGAUGAUCACUUAAUGGGGAAGCAGCACAUGGGCUAUGCGAAGAUCAAAGCAACUGUGGAGGAACUAAAGGAGAAGGUUCGGAAGAAGACUGAAGAGCCAGAACGUGAUGACAAAUUAAAACGUGAGAGAGAAGAACGGGAGCUGGAACGAGAGCGUGAGCGGGAGGAGAGGGAGAAGAAGCGGCGGCGGGAGGAGGAGGAGAAGGAGCGAGAGAGGGAGGCACGGCGUAGGAGGAGCCACUCACGGAGCCGGCAUUCCCAUUCUAGCCGGGCGUCCGACAGAAGGCGAAGCAGGUCGCGAGAGCGCAAGCGGUCGCGCAGUAAGGAACGGGAAAAGAAACGCAGCAGGGGUGAGGAUCGGCGGAGCAGAGACCGCUCUGAGAGAAGCAGAGACCGAUCAGAAAGGAAACACCGGUCCCGGAGUCGGGAUCGGCGCCGAUCACGAAGUCGGGAUGUCAGGUCUCACAAACACAGAAGUAGGAGCAGGGAGAAAGAGAGAAGGUCAAAGGACAAAGAAAGGAGAGACUCUGAUGAGACUAGGAAAAGCAGUCGGAAAUCCAGUCAAACAGACAAAGAGAGUGCAGAGCCUCGACCAGACGCCAUGGAGGUGGACGCCACCAAAAGCGAGGUCAAUGGGAGAGAUGAAGACCUAAAAUCUGAAGGUGACACUCAGUCCAAUUAAAACUGAUCUGAUUUGACCUCAGAUCAGACCCAGGUAAGUGUCUCUUUUGCAUUCCUCGGUUAGGGUUUGCCCUUUGUUUUUGUUUGGUUCGCUUUAGCAGUGCAGUGUAAGUAUUGCAACAGAGAAGAUGGAGGGACUAACCAACAAACGCACUGGAAGGUAUACUGUGUAAAACGCCGAGCGAGGACUACAGACUAGUCUUGACAGAUUAAGAGACAAAAUGUGCGUCUGGGAGACACUAGGUAUUUUACUUUACCUCUGCAUAUUCUAUAUAAUGUACUGAAACCCGGUCCUCAUUUCUGUUCCGUAUUGGAUCUGGUGAAUGGCAAUGAAUGGAUUUGUUUUAAAAAUAAUGUUAAGAAAACUGUUAAAUUUGGGGCAAUUGAUUAGACUGUGGGUUGGUUGGUUGCUGUGAAUUGUUAUCAGUUGAAUAAGUUAGAAUUCAUUAAGUAGGUGGAGAAUGGUUUUUCCUAUUUCUGUAACUGCGUCUAAGGCAUCUAUUUGAAAAAAAAGUUUAGUUUUAACAAAGUCUGUUAAUGUCACGGAUGUUGUAGAUUUUUUGUUUUUUUUGUUUUUUUUUAAAAAAACUGCCUUGCACUCUAAUGGAGUCUUUCUGUAACUCGAGCCAAUAGCUUGGAUUGAUGGAAGUGUAGGGUUUAUGACUAAGUGAACCUGAGAACCAUAUCUCACACUGCGCUGGUCUUGUGAGCCGCCCAUGAAAGCAAAUUAAAAAUCAAGGAAUCAGUGAAUGAAUUGCAGGUACUCAUGCCAGGUACACUCCUUUCUCUACACACCUCCGUGUUUGAAUGCUUUUGCCUGUUUUUAAAAAUAAAUCUUUAUCUUUUUUUUUAAAAGCUUGCUAUUUCAUAAUGUAUUUGCUGAUCAUGUUUAACACAGGAUUUAAAUAUUCGUUUCCUGUCACCAUAAUUUUUUUUGACAAUUGUGGAAUUGUUUCUGUGCAGAUUUGUUACAGAAUUCUCUUCAAACUACAGGGGAUGGAAGGGAAUUUUCAAGAAUUAACUUUACUUUUCACAUAAAUUUAAAACAAACCAAAAGCUGUAGCAGCCUCCUGUUUGCGUGCAGUACAUUACAGGUCCUAGCACAGAGGUACGACUUGCGAGUUCUUUGCCCCUCCGUCCCCCUUCCUUGCCCUCCCAUCCCAUGUCCAGUGAGCUCUUGGUACAAUGGUGCCCUGCCAUGGCUGAUGAAAUUGUUUUUGUUAAUUAUUUAAUACAGAAAGACAUUUGAAUGGCGGUGACUUUGGUUGCAACUUGGGCAAAGGAAUUGUCAAUAUUAAUUCUUUGCUUGUGAUCAGCUUCCUGGCUGAUCAGCUGCUGGCCCAGCUAAAUAUUAGUGAAUCUGUGGAAGGUUUUUAAAAGUAGCGAUGAAGCACCAUGAAAGUGUGAAUUAUGAUACUCAGCAGAUAUUUCUGGCACAUGUACACACUGACAGGUCAAUAUUACCAGACACUGCCAGGACACAGUCUCUGCCCAUUUGAUCAAGUGGAUGUACUGGAGCCUGUUUGACUCCUCUGUUCUCUAGUACCAACCUUCCUGUCUCCCAUCUCACUCCAGCUAUGAAAUGAAGCCAGAGUACUGGCCUCAAGAUGUUACAGCUGAGCACCUUCAAUUAACAAACAUUUCCAAGUGUCUGUCUGAAACUGGUUCCCUGAACCUUCCUGUAUUGUACCAUAUUGAAGUAUUUUCUCCAGUAUACAUUUCACUCUGAAAUAACCUUUUCAGAAACUGAGUCCCAGCCUCUGAAUUCCAGUCUCACUCUGGGGCUGUACCUUUUUCUGUGUAGGAACAGAAGGCCUGAAGAUGGGACGUGAGCAAAACUGUUGAAGGGGAUAGGGCAGGUUGAGAAUUUGGUGAAGGAAGGCAUGCAUUACCCUGGACUUUUUUUUUUAAAAAAAAUAAAGGCAAAGGGUAAAAGUGAAGGGAAUUGUGGUGAAUAUUUUUAUAAAACCUUGGUACAGCCUCAACUGGAGUAUGUGUCCAAACCUGGACACUGCACUUUAGGCAGGAUGCAAAGACUUUGAAGAGGUGUAGAAAAGAUUUAUAAGAAUGUUUUCCAGGCCUGAGGAAAGUCAGUUAUAUGGAUAAAUUAGAAAAGCUAGGUUUCUUUACCAAAGUUAAAUCUGAGGUUUGAUCAAGGUGUUGAAAAUUAUUUACUGGGACAACAGAUUAAGAAAUAUAUUUGCAUUGGGGGGAGGGUCUCAAACUUGGAAGAUCACUGUUAUAGAGAGAGCUGUCAUAGUCUCCACUGAUUGGCCUCUGGUGCCAAUAAUCUCCUCCCAUGGAAACUGAAUAUGUUGUUAAAAUUUCAAAACAUAUUUUUAAUAAUUAUGCAUGUCACAUCCAGAUAACAUUUGUACAUGUGACUUUGCUACAUCCUUUUACUGCUUCACAGUGACAGCAGGAGCUCUCAUCUCAAAUCCCACAUCAGUGAUCAGCCUUCAGAGGCAACCUGAAGGAAAGUAAAAGUUUUCCAUUAAUACUUACCUGUAAUGGCCAGCAUGAUACAUCAUUGAAUCAGUAUCUUUGGUCUAUUUCUGGGCACUCGCAGCCCACUGUUAAGUAUAGGCAGUUAGUAAGUGAUACUGACGGAAAGAUUACUGAGCUAAGUCAUGAAUUAUUUCUCUGCCAUCUCUGAGUCUGCUUUGACUCAGUCAGUUGGUCACUCACAUUCACUCAAUACACCAGUUCGUCACCACGUUGGGGCACUAGGAAUGCAAGUAGGUGUUUAUUCUCCUGUGCUGUUGUUUUAAAAACCAGAUCUCCCCAAUCCCCUUAUCCUCCUGCACAUCAUUGUGUCUGAGAGUGCAUGUUGCUUAAUUACUGACAAACUAGGAGUGACUUAUUCAUCGAAGUACUUUGGGAUGCUCUGUGCCUGUGUAAAGGCUUCAUGAAUCAUCAUUGUGAUUGCAUCUACUGAUUCAAUUAUAACGGUAGAUUUAAUUAUAAAUUGAGAAAACAGCCUAUAAUUUUAUCUGUGGGGCUCACUAACUCUAGAUUCCCUAACAACAUUGUGCUGACAGUACUCUGUUAAAUCACAUUUAAUUUGCAGGGAUGGGAGAAACAUUGCAAUGACGAAUUAAUCAAUAUGGUUUCGUUUGGUUUGAAGAAGGGGUUUCUGGAUCUCAUCUAAGUCAGUGGGGAACACAGAUUAUGAGUUACUCUUUAAAUUGGAGUGAACAGGUGGAAUUCAGGGCAGGAGAAUCCAAUAUAGAAAUGGAAUCCAGGGAACUGGGCAAAUGGCAGAGUCCAUGAUAUAUUUCAGUGCUGGUUUGGUGGACCAAAUGCCUGUUUCUCUGCACUUAAUUCCCAUGUUGCCUUCACAUAUCCGCAAGGAUGAUGUUUAAAAUUUGUAAACAAGUGAAGCAUUCUUUAAAGUGAACAUUAUGCUGAGGUACUGUAGAAGUUACAAUUAAACAUUAACUGGUUUGUUUAAGGCAGCAGCACACGUCAAGGAGAGCUUUCCAGUAAAGAAUUAAUAUUGACCAACCACAAGGUAACAUGUUUUUCACAAAUAUAUGGUCACUGCCCUUGACCCUUUUUAUGUUGUGUGAUAAAUUGGUUGACAAACUCUGUAUGCUGUCUGUCAUUACAGAUGGGAGAUUACAGUAAAUCACUACUUAAGGAUACUGUAGAGGUGGGCUGUUUACACUCUGAGAAAGGGUUUCCUUUUCUAGGUUAGAGCUGUAGCCAGUCGUUAGCAGAAAUCCCAGAAGACCAGUGCUCUGUGUAGGGCAGUAGGAAGUCUCCAAGAGGUACUUUCCUUUUGCCUUUUUUUAAAAAACAGAAAAUAUAUGGUUGUGUACAAUGGUGAGCACGUUUGUGUUCAUUUUCAAUGAUUCUAAUUGCAUGUUGUUGAAUCUUUAAUUUCUACAGGCGUGGCCAUUUUUUUGAAGAUGUCAAGGAAUCCCAGUGAAGAUUCGACUGCUCGACCUGAAGUCUCUGCCCAAUUAAAACAAGGUGAAAGAAAACUGUAGUGGUGUAGGGAGAGGGAGAGAGUGAGAGAGAAAUUGUAAUUUUUAAACAAAAAAAGGAUUCAUUUCAGGACUCUUAUGUAUGAUUAGCUGCCCAAAGAAGUUCCCGUUUCUUGUGCUUGCAAUACUCUUUUUCACUAACAGUGAACUCGAGUCCUGUUUCUUUUCCUCCAAGUGUCAGACUAAAGUGAGCGGCACCCAAACCAUGUGACCUGAAAAUGUAUACCCAAUGGUUUCCUUGACGUUUAAAUUUCUUGGCAAACUGCAAUCUGUAAAUAUACAGGCCACAAAGUUGUAUAGAGCUGUUUUGAUUAAGAGGCUGAUUUUUACCAUGCUCCUGUCGCCACUUUUUUUUUGGUUUUUGUAGUACUAGGCUGCCUGCCUCUUUCUCAGUUGCCCAUCCAGCUGUGAGGACGAGUGUUUUUCCCUGCCCUGCUGUUCCUGUAUUUUGAAAAUGGUUGCUGUAAUUUGCAAAUUUUAGUGUUGAAUAUGAAUAAAUUUUUUUCAGUAAACCUUUCA